CGGUACGCUCCGGAGGAUCUGCUCAAUGGACAAUCCACAUUCACCAGAGAGUCACUGGAGAAGUUUCUGGACGAUAUGGACAGACUGGACGCGAUCGAGAGCAAGAUAUUGGGAGUGCAACAUGUCAGUAGUCAUCUAUCCUGA